AUCUGACAGCGUGCGACUUCGUACCGAAGUGCGGUUCGGCGGAUAUCAUCUUUUCUUUUAUGCUGAAACUUCUUUGGUAACCUUUAAUAUGUCGAUUAAUGUCGUUGCGUUUCAUGUAAAGUGCAGUAUUAAAUGACAGUGAUUGUUUCCAAGAUACAGUAAUUGUGCUAGUGAAAACGGUGUUGCGAAAAAGCAAGAGUGAAGCUGCUUUGUUUUUGUGCACGUGUUGAGGUUAACUGUCAACGUUGAAUUCGUCCUGCAAUUCGUAAUAUACAAUUUUCCCGGAGGAGAGUGUGCCUAUUUUGUAUAAUUCGCUGUGUUUGAUGUGAUUCCGCCUAAAGAAUGGAGAAUACGGAAACAUCAAGUACAGGAGCAAGCUUCGUGUUUGAAGCGCCCGUACGGGAGCUUCGCAUUCAACGAGUGGGACCACGCUUCGCACAAUAUGCCAGGCGGCUCAAGCAUGGACACUACGGCGAUGAUAAUUUCUCGAAAUCAUCGGAGGAGGACAAGAGCUUUGAUAACGAGUUCGAUAUUGAUGCAAAUAUUGAGUACCUGAAAAGUUUGGAUCCAAAAGAAUGGAAACAACAGGAUCACUAUGCCGUCCUCGGACUGAAGCAUCUUAGGUUCAAUGCCACUGACGAUCACAUCCGCCGUGCUUAUAGAAAAAUGGUUUUGAAACAUCAUCCGGACAAAAGAAAAGCGAAAGGUGAAGAAGUUCACACCGAGGACGAUUAUUUCACAUGCAUAACAAAAGCUUACGAAACAUUAGGAAACUCUAAAAAUCGUCGUGCUUAUGACUCUGUCGACCCAGAAUUUGACGAUUCGCUACCAACGACUUCGCAGAUAGAGAAAGACUUCUUCAAAAUAUUCGAUAAAUAUUUCAAAUUGAAUGCGAGGUGGAGUGAGAAACGAAAUGUCCCUGAAAUUGGAGAUGACAAUUCAACUCGCGAACAUGUGGAGCAUUUCUACAAUUUCUGGUACAAUUUUGAGUCAUGGCGAGAGUACAGCUAUCUUGAUGAGGAGGACAAAGAAAAGGGACAAGAUCGUGACGAGCGACGAUGGAUAGAAAAACAAAACAAAGCAAUUAGGAUAAAACGAAAGAAGGAAGAAAUGUCUAGAAUACGAGCUUUAGUUGACUUAGCGUAUAACAACGAUCCUAGGAUAAUUAGGUUCAAAAAUGAAGAGAAACAACGUAAAUUGGCUGCGAAAAGGGCGAAGAUGGAUGCAGUUCAAGCUCAGAAGGCCGAAGAGGAAAGAAUACUGCGCGAAGCCCAACUGGCAAAGGAGAAGGCAGAACAAGCCGAACAGAAACGCAUUGAACAAAUUCGAAUAGAAAACGAAAAGCAAAAGAAGGCGUUGAAGAAAGAACGGAAAAUUUUACGUGAUAUGGCAAAAGAGAGUAAUUAUUAUUCGACAAGUGACAAAGAGAAGUUAAGAAAUAUGGAAGGCGUAGAGAAAAUUUGUGAAAUGUUGAAAUUAUUAGAAUUACAAAGUUUCAAUAAAGAAUUGGAAAAAGGAGGCCGGGAGACCUUCCUCAAAGUUUUGAAAGAAACCGAGGAGAAAUUAGAAAAAGAAAAACAAGAAAUGCUUGCAAAAAGCACCGGGGGCGCAACAAGCGAAGGUGCUUCAGUUAAAGUUGUCGACAAAAAUGCAAUGUGGAGUAGUGAAAACAUGCAGUUACUCAUUAAAGCUGUCAAUUUGUUCCCGGCGGGCACUGUUCAACGCUGGGAAGUCAUUGCAACAUACAUGAAUCAACAUUCGACAAAUAUGAGUGGAAAACGAUUCCAAGCGCGUGAUAUCCUGAACAAAGCGAAAGAUCUUCAAAGCGGCAAUUUCGCUCAGAGUGCGCUGAAGUCACAAGCAAACGAAGCCGCGUUCUCCUCCUUCGAGAAGACAAAGAAAGAACUCAAGAAAAUCGACAAAGCUGAUAUAACUGUUAAUAGUGAUUCGCCUGCAGCGCCGAACGCAAAUAAAAGCAAUCAAAAGCAAAACGGCGAAGUUAGACAGAAUGGCAUUGACAGCAGUGGGACAAAAACCCCAGCUAAGGCAUCUACCGGCGCGUCGCCUUCCACACCUGCACAAGACACUGGCCGAGCUUGGACAAAGGAAGAACAGGCCCUUCUGGAGCAGGCAAUUAAAACGUAUCCAGUUUCAACGCCCGAUCGUUGGGAUAGAAUAGCUGAAUGUAUUCCCAAUAGGACGAAAAAGGAUUGCUUAAGACGCGUUAAGGAGCUUGUAGAUCGUGUUAAUGCAAAGAAAGAAGCCCAACAAGCGGUUAAAUGAUGGUUUUAUGCUUUUAAUUGCAAUUUUGUUUUAAUGUUUUCUCUCUCAGAAUUUUCGUUUUUUCCCCUGUGAAUUUUUCUUUUACUUACGUAAUUUAGACAAUGCAUUGCUUAGGCGAUGAAUUAUUUAUAUUUAGUUCCGUCAAUGCCCUGUGAAUUAAUAAUGUAAUUCUAGAGAUACGAAUAAUAAAUUCAGCUUACCCAACU